GUAGCCACUCCUUCCUCUUUACUCCGUCCUUCCCUCUCUCUCUCUCUCUCUCUCUCUCUCUCUCUCUCGCUUUUUCAGAAGAACAGGGCGUCCGACAGACGCAGAGAGGCAGGUCUCCUCACUGCAGCUCCAGGCCUAUAUCUUCCUAUCUGAGCCACUAUGAACCUUGUGAACAGCAGCCAGUGGUUCCUGACCCAGCCGUCUCCCAGCCCAGCAGGACCCAGUAAAGGACUGGGCUGUAGUAAUACCUGGCAGGCAGAGACAGGCCGCAUCACUCAGAUGAUAAUCACCGUGCUCAUCUUCCUGGUGGGCGUGUCCUUGAACACCCUAGUGGUGUAUGCGUUGGCCUGGCGUGGGCGUGGCCGCCUGACGAGGCGUGGCAGCUUGGGCCAAGGGGAGACGCGCGGCGCCAGCAGCUUCCGUGUCUACGUCGUGAACCUGGCGCUGGCUGACCUGGUCCUCCUCCUCCGCACCCCUCUGAUGCUGGCGUACCUGGCCCACAGCUGUAGCUGGCCCGUGGGGAAACUGGCCUGUCGCCUGGUGGUAUUCCUGAGAGGCUUGGGACUAUACGCUGCAGCCUUCCUGCUGUGUGCCGUGGCUGUGGAGAGAUGUCUGUGUCUCCUCAGGCCGGUCUGGUCCAGUCUGAAGCGUCCUCGCUGGGCAGUUCCCCUGGUGUGUGGUCUCCUCUGGGGGCUGGCUGCUGCCCUGGCUACCCCUUACCUCCACACUGCCGACCUGCUGGAGAUCAACGGUACUACCCAGUGUCUGGAGAGCCUGGGGUACAGCACGGGGCUGUUUGUGACCGAGACGGUGGCCGGGUUCCUCCUGCCACUAACGGUGUUCCUGGUGAGUAACGUAGCCGUGCUGUGGACCGCCAGGCAGGCAGGGGUCUCCGGACCGACCUCUCCAUCCUCCUCUUCGGCGACUGCGAGACAGAUGGCCAGACUGUACCGGGUCCUCUUCCUCACCAUGCUUCUCUUCCUCUCCUGCUGGGUCCCCUACUUUACCUGCCGCUUCCUGCGGGCGCUGGCUGCAGGGCGGCCUGACCGGACGGGGCUCUACCGGGCGUCGUUCACGGGGGCAUACGUCUCUCUGUUCCUGGUGUACCUGAAGAGCUCCCUGAACCCUGUCCUCUACGUGUUCGCCGCCCGAGGCCUGGGGCGAACCGUCCGCGCCUCGCUCCCCUCCACCAUUGAGAGAGUCUUCAACGAUGACUAUUCUGACUCCAGGAGUAGACGGACCAUAAGGAGGGAGGAUUCACAGAUCUAGUGCCCUAAAAAGCCCUGUUAUAGGGACCGUACAUAUGGGAGAUUCACAGAUCUAGUGCCCUAAAAAGCCCUAUUAGGGACCGUACAUAUGGGAGAUUCACAGAUCUAGUGCCCUAAAAAGCCCUAUUAGGGACCGUACAUAUGGGAGAUUCACAGAUCUAGUGCCCUAAAAAGCCCUAUUAGGGACCGUACAUAUUGGAGAUUCACAGAUCUAGUGCCCUAAAAAGCCCUAUUAGGGACCGUACAUAUUGGAGAUUCACCGAUCUAGUGCUCCAGAAUCCUGUUAAAGACCUUGCAUGUUUUACUAGCAGACUGUAGAGAUCCAUUGUGACUGCUGGCCAACAUGAACUCAGACGUUACAGGCUUACUUCAGCCCCGUGUGGACUACAUGGACUGCAUUAUUAUAGCUAUAGGCAUUAUCUUAGGCUUGGUGACAGGCUUGCUUCAGCCCUGUCUGGUCUACAUUAUCAGGACUAUAUUGCAUUAUCUUAGGCUGGGUGACAGGCUUGCUUCAGCCCUGUCUGGUCUACAUUAUCAGGACUAUAUUGCAUUAUCUUAGGCUGGGUGACAGUCUUGCUUCAGCCCUGUCUGGACUACAUUAUCAGGACUACAUUGCAUUAUCUUAGGCUGGGUGACAGGCUUGCUUCAGCCCUGUCUGGACUACAUUAUCAGGACUAUAUUGCAUUAUCUUAGGCUGGGUGACAGGCUUGCUUCAGCCCUGUCUGGACUACAUUAUCAGGACUAUAUUGCAUUAUCUUAGGCUUGGUGACAGGCUUGCUUCAGCCCUGUCUGGACUACAUUAUCAGGACUAUAUUGCAUUAUCUUAGGCUCGGUGACAGGCUUGCUUCAGCCCAAUGGCGUCAUCAGACCUGGGCUUUCUGGGAUUUAGCCCCGAGUCUUGGUGUAAAACAAGCUCAGCUACACUGCAUUACACACUGCAACGAACUCUCCAAUCAUGAGCCCUGUCCUGGCCUGCCUCUUCAGUGAUGCCUAAAACCACCAUUUCUGUGUACGGUGGCACUUUAGGAGGCCCGAGUCACAGUGAUUUAUCAUCUCGCUACAUGGUAGAUGGGUUGGCUGCCAACGAUGUGCGCUCCUCCUCAGCCUGUUGUGGUUCUGGAUGGCCAGACUGCUCGCAAGAGAGACACUGUCAUUAGAAGGAAUCAAUCAGGGCUUAUUUCAGCAUGUUUCAUCUUGUUAUUGAUACCAUGUUGUGUUUUGAGGUGUUUUGACUGAUUUCAUGUCAAUGCAAAUGUAUUUUUUAAAAAAACAAACGUGUGAUAACUUGCUCACCGUCAACUGUAAUGAUGUAUCUGAAACAACAAGGUCAUUGUGCAAAUGUUGUUUUGUUUUUUCCUUCCAAUAAACAUCGGAGACUAAAUAUAGUUUCCACGUUAACAA